CAGAAAUAAAUUGGAGGAAAUAUGUGGUUUUUUUCUCAUAGUUAGACUAUAUGACUGUAGAAGUUUUCCCUAAUCCAUGCAAAUUCACCACUUUUUUUCAAGACAUUGUGUUACUGGGCUUUCUGGUGAAUGAUUAGGUUUUAUGUGUUGUGUAUACUUCUUACUGAGGUAACUAGGAGGCUGUAGGGAUUCAUUUUUUUCUAAAAUAAGAGAUUCUGUUGUUUUUAAAACAUAACAGAAGAUAAUUUCAACAUGUCAUCAGUCAAGCGCUUGGUUUAUGCAGUCAUCCAUUUCUUGAGAGAACAGAGUCAGGUGGAUACUUUCACUCCAGAUGAACAAGAAAGCUUGGAAGUUGCAAUUCAGUGUCUGGAGACUGUGUUUAAGAUUACCCUGGAAGAUACUCAUCUUGCAUCCUCACAGCAUUUGAUAGAAAUGUUCACAAAUUCUAUUCAAAAGAAUGACAUGCUGCCUCUCUCACGUUCUUUACCGGAAGGCAUUGUAAAGGCUGACCAACUGAAGGAUGAAGGUAAUAAUCAUAUGAAGGAAGAAAAUUAUGGUGCUGCAGUGGAUUGUUACACUAGGGCUAUAGAACUGGAUCCAAACAACGCAGUCUAUUAUUGCAACAGGGCUGCUGCUCAAAGUAAGCUCAACAACUUCAGGGAAGCAAUAAAGGACUGUGAGAGUGCCAUAGCAAUAGAUCCAAAGUACAGCAAAGCAUAUGGAAGAAUGGGGUUGGCUCUGACCUCAGUGAAUAAAUAUCAAGAAGCAGUUACCAGUUAUCAAAAAGCACUUGAUCUUGAUCCAGAGAAUGACUCUUACAAGUCAAAUUUGAAAAUAGCAGAACAGAAACUAAGAGACAUGUCCAGUCCUACUGGAACUGGACUGAGUUUUGACAUGGCAAGCUUGAUAAACAAUCCUGCCUUCAUUAGUAUGGCAGCAAGCUUAAUGCAAAAUCCUCAAAUUCAACAACUGAUGUCAGGGAUGAUGUCAAAUGCCAUCGGUGGCCCUGCUGCUGGGGUUGGUGGCCUUUCAGAUUUGUCCAGCCUGAUCCACGCGGGGCAGCAGUUUGCACAGCAGAUACAGCAGCAGAAUCCUGAGCUCAUAGAGCAACUGAGAAAUCAUAUCCGGAGCAGAUACUUGAGUGGCAGCACUGAAGAACAUUCCUGACUUCAAGGAGUCAUGUGAAUUGAAGAGAGGGAGAUUACUGCAUAUGAAGGAGUACCACACAUUGGAGAGAAAGAGAAGGCAAU